CGCCGAGAGAGACACACCCACACCCACUUCCAGCAUAUUUGAUUAUAUUCGACGCCAGCGUUUAUUUACAAUGUUGUGGGAGCCAAAACACUGCUGUUGCUUCAAGGUAAAGACUGGCAGCCUCAUCCUUGGUGUCUUUCUUUUGAUCGGAUCGCUCGUCUAUAUUGGGAUCGACGCUACUACGUUGGCCGAUGGAAGUAUACUUAAUAUUGUGCAUAGCUACUGUGAUGAUCUGGAUGGUUCUGGAAAGUGUGAUCUCUUCAUAAAGCUUGCUGAGGGAUCGGUGAUAUCUGGCUUGGUGAUCGGAGUCUGUGAAGUCUUAGUCUGCAGUAUGCUCAUUUACGGCAUCUUAAAGCACAAGACGUGUCUAUUCAUUCCUUUCAUGGUAAUGCUGCUUCUCCAGAUCAUUAUGCACAUGGUCUUGGGCUUGGGUCUGCUUGCCAUGGCCGGCAUUAAACAAUACUGGACACAAAUGUUUGUCUUUGGGGUAAUUUUUACCCUCUACAUAUUUUUAGAGACUUUUCUUCUCCUGGUCGUCCGUGCACACUACUUGGAGGUAAGGCGUUCACAGAUGCUGGAGUGUUUAGUGACGGAGAAACGCAUCAUUAACGCAUUUGAAAUGAUCAGACGGUUUUAAACUUGUAUUGACAGCCAUGCUACUGUAUGGAUACAAAAGUUACUGUAUAUGACUUUGAAAAAAUGUAAGACAAAACUCUGACGUCAGAGUGAAAGCUUCAUUACUUGGUGUAAUGAGACUAAUCUUGUACAACUAAGUCUGUUUGCUUCCUAGUAUACUUAUUAGUGCUACAAAUUUUUCUUUAAUGCAGAAAGUUUAUUAAACUAUACUUAUAAACUUUAUUAGUUCUAUGGCUUUUAAAGUAAACCCAUAACCAUACACGUUCUUGUGUAACACUCAACAUGGAACUUUUAGCUGCAUUAUGGUGUCCUAGAUUUUUUUAAUGUAUAAAUCCUUCUUAUAAUAAAAAUAUAAAUAAAA